CUGGGGCAACAGGGACAUGAGACGGCUGCUGAAUACUGAGAGGGGAAGAGCAAAGCUCGGAGCACAGACAGAAAACCUCGUGAAUCGACAGCACCAGUCCUGAAGAGGAGCGUGUCUGGACAUCACUGUGAACCUUCACCCUGGGCAGACGGAGGCAGAGAGAGGCGGGCAGUGAUGGGGUUCGUGAUGGCAUCAAAGUGGCUGUUGUGUCUCUGGCUCCUUUUGCUGUGCGUGGCAAGGUCUCCUGCUGCUGAUGCUGAGGAGAGGCUUGUAGAUUUUCUACUGGGUCCUGAGCGCUACAAUAAACUCAUCCGGCCUGCAGUCAAUAAAAGUCAGCAGGUCGUUAUAGGCAUCAAAGUCUCGCUUGCACAGCUCAUAAGUGUGAAUGAGAGGGAGCAAAUCAUGACAACAAAUGUGUGGCUGACUCAGGAGUGGAAUGACUACAGACUGGUAUGGGACCCGAAUGAGUAUGAGGGCAUCAAAAAACUACGAAUACCAUCACAGCACAUCUGGCUCCCUGACAUAGUGCUCUAUAACAAUGCAGAUGGGGUGUAUGAAGUAUCGUUUUACUGCAAUGCAGUCGUCUCCAAUACUGGUGACAUUUUUUGGCUCCCUCCUGCGAUCUACAAGAGCGCCUGUGCAAUUGAAGUUCGUAACUUUCCCUUUGAUCAACAGAACUGCACGCUUAAGUUUCGCUCUUGGACAUACGACCGCACAGAGCUCGACCUCGUCUUGACCUCGGAUUUUGCGAGCCGUGAUGACUACACGCCCAGUGGUGAAUGGGAUAUUGUCUCACUCCCUGGCAGAAAAAACGAAGAUCCCAGUGACCUCACAUACCUGGACGUCACAUACGACUUUGUGAUCAAACGCAAACCUCUCUUCUACACAAUUAACCUCAUCAUUCCAUGUGUCCUCAUCACCUCUCUUGCAAUCCUGGUUUUCUACCUUCCGUCAGACUGUGGGGAGAAGAUAACGCUUUGCAUUUCUGUUCUUUUGGCCCUUACUGUGUUCCUACUCCUGAUAUCAAAGAUUGUUCCACCAACGUCAUUGGCCGUUCCAUUAAUAGGGAAGUAUCUGAUGUUUACGAUGGUGCUAGUCACAUUUUCCAUCGUGACGAGUGUGUGCGUGCUCAAUGUGCACCACCGUUCUCCCUCAACACAUCGCAUGCCGGAGUGGGUCAAACGUGUAUUCCUGCAUAAGCUUCCUGGUUUCCUUCUCAUGCGACGACCCGGAAGGUCCAACGUACGGGAAAGGUUUCGAAGGAAGCACCAACGGAAAUCAUUCUCCUCAGAUGCAAAGAACAUAAGGACGGAUGGAGACUCGCUCUUCUUAAGUAAUGACCAGGGCCGUGUCUGCGGGGCCUGGAGAGUUGGGGAUCUUCCAGAGGGGUCAGAGUUCAGGCAGAGAGUGAGGGUCAGACACGACACAGAUGUAGACGAGGCCAUUGAGGGUGUGAGGUUCAUCGCUGAUCAUAUGAAAAUCGAGGAUGAUGAUGAGGGGAUCAUCGAGGACUGGAAGUAUGUAGCCAUGGUUAUCGACAGGCUGUUCCUCUGGAUUUUUAUUCUGGUCUGUGUUGUUGGAACACUUGGACUCUUUGUUCAGCCACUCUUUCAGAGCUACAACACCCCCGUGGCAGAGGACGAAUAUGGGGAUUUUUAAAAUAUCUGCUGGGUGAUCCUGUGACUUUUGGACACAUAUACUGUAUACUGACCCACCCUUGAAAUACACAUUUAAACACACACACACACACACAUAUAAAGAAUUAUCCAGAAGCACAGUGUAUUCGAGUACACCUUCAGCAUUUUAAAUAGCCGAUUUAGGGGGCUGGAUCCCAGUGGUGGAGCAAUGCUGUACAGUCACAGUAUUCAACACAAACUAGCACUCAGAACUGGCCUGCAAGAUUUGACCAUGCAAAUUGUAUUCAUCACAGAUUUCUGGGCAUAUUUGCAUCUUUACGUGGUUCAAAUCAUUCCUUUAGUGAAACAGGUACCUAAACAACCGAGAAUGCAUGUGCAAAUAUACAACCUUAUCAGCAGGCACAAUAACAUUUGAGCGAAUUCCCU